AUGCCCGUUGCUCACCCCUUAGCAGAUGAUCCGCGAAACUUUGCCAGGGUCCUCUUAGAGCUCCGAGGGCCGGCAUGCUGGUCGGCAGCUCUUCGGGGCCUCUCGGUCCAGCAGCUGAAGCAGCUCAUCGCACCGCUGUCGGAUCUUGGUGAAGGAAAGAAGACUCAGCACCUUCAGCGAAACGACGAUGACCAGGUGGGCUUGUCGCUAUGCAAUCUCCACGCGAUAGGCAAAAACUAUAGAGUGGAAGUGCAGUGGAGCGGACUGAAGUUGCUUUCGGUUGCGACGUCUUGCGCUACCGCCGUGAUCUUCUACCACAGCUGUCUGAUGAGGUUGCGCAAGAUGCUGUCGGACGUGAUAGGGUCCACCCCGGAUUGCAAUCACGAAGAAGCUGUGCGAAGAGCUUUUGAUGAGUGGAUGCAUCACGGCUUCACCUGCCCUGUCGUGUUCCAAUACCACAUUAAUCGCCAGGCUAAGUUGGUGCUGCCAUGUGUGCAAAGCCUGGAGCUUGCGCUGCAGAUGCGCCGGCAGGCACUGCAGGCCACCCCUGCGCGCUUACGAGGCCUGAAGGCGCAGUGGCUGCGCCAGGCUGAGGAGGAGGCCUUGGCGCGGCACGAGCGAACGACAAGAAGAGCCCAGCAACUGAUUGGCUUCGUGCUGUGCCGGGCGCAGAAUCUGGAGCCGACUGUGCGCAUGCGCAAGUCCGGGAAGCAGGCCCCGGACCUUGCGAUACAGGUGCCGGUGUCAGAAAGUAUCGCCAGGCGGUUGGGCGAAACCUGCGAAAGCAUGCAGAGGCGCUUUGCCAGUGCGGAGGGCCAGGAGGCCUUGUAUCGGUUCCUCCUGAAUGAUGUGGCGAAGGAUCCGCGCGCACCCAUGCAGGCGUGGGCAGCGCAGGCUCGUGACGAGCUCGACACAAGCACCCUGCCAAGUGCCGCCAAGGUGCGUAGGGUCGCGCAUCUGCCCUGCAUGAUCCCAAGCUCGCCAGUGCUGAGAGACAAGAUGUUUUGCAUCGGUGACCUCACGCAGAAGAUGUUGGAAGAGCUGGCACCUUCACUGCGCCUCUCUGACUUGGCUAUGUGUGGGCCGGUUUGCAAAGGCUUCCGCAACAUGGUUCAUAACAGGAUGGACAUGCUUUGUCUCACAGGCUUCAAGCUGCAUGCUGAGGACUUCGGCGUCUUCGGGUGGAGAAAGGUGAUAGGCUUCCUGCUCUCCCCCUAUGUCAACUUCGCCACAAAGCUGGACUUCAGUGCCCUGCCAGAAAGUCCUGGACUUGAGCUAAGCCAGCAUCUUGCGUGCCUGCACAUGCUGCAAGAGGUGAUCAUCUCACCUCGGCACAGUUCCGCUGUGCCUGCCCAGAGCAUUUCUCGCUUGCGGGGAAGCAGCAUAGCUCCCCGUGUUCGCUUGGCGAUGUGCGGCGCACUUCGUGGAUGA